CUUGUUAGGUACACUCGGGCAAAUAUACGCCACCUACUGACGUAUGACAGCAAAACCUAAGAGCGGGUGGGGAAACAGUCACUGUGCCUCUUCUUGUAUUAGUGGUCAGCGCUGCUGCCUUGUGAAACUAAGCACAAAUGCCCCCGGACUGCCGCUGUCACGUCGGCCUGGACCUGCUCUCUUCUUCGGGCCUCCUUCGCUGAGAGAAUGAAAGGAUGGCCGAGCGGCGCUUCGGCGGGGACCACGAAGUGCUGACGGAUGCUGCGGCGGCAGCAGCAGCAGCGACUCGCCGGGCUGAGCGGAAGCACCAUGACGAGAUGAAUUCAUCGGAGGAUGCCGAGGACCUGUCUCUGGAGGAGAUACUGAACCUUUACAGCCAGCCCAUCAAUGAGGAGCAGGCAUGGGCGGUGUGUUACCAGUGCUGCCAGACGCUGGCGAAGACCCACCGGGGUAAAGGGAGCCCCGCUGGCGCUGCUGCCACCGGAGCAUCCUCGGUGGCAGCGGCGGCGGCUCCGCGGAGGAUAUCUGGACCGGGGGAUGUUAGGAUACAGAAAGACGGCUCGGUGAGGAUGGACCAGCACUGCUGUGAAGGUAAAUACAGCCCUUGCACAACAACUGAGGUCAUUGAGUCUCUGGGCAUCAUGAUCUACAAGGCUCUGGACUUCGGUCUGAAGGAAAACGAGGAGCGGGAACUCAGUCCUCCGCUGGAGCAGCUCAUCGACCUCAUGACCAACUCGGCCGAGGCCGAGAAGGAGGCCUGCCUGGACGAAGGCUACGAGGCCACAGAGGAAGAGGACGAGGCGGACGACGGCCAUGGCAGCAUCUGCGGCGUUCACAGCUACAGAGAUAUCCUGAAGCUGUGCACAGCCCAUCUUCCCAGCGUGUCGGACGCUCCGAGUCACUACCAGGCAGUGUGUCGAGCUCUGUACACAGAAACCAGGGAGCUGCGCACCUUCCUGGAGAAGAUCAAGAGUGCCAAAGAGAACCUCCGAAAGAUGGAGGAGGAAACCUCAGAGGAGCCGGUCCGAGACCUCAACGAGCUGCAGAACGCCGACUGGGCUCGAAUCUGGGUGCAGGCGAUGAGGGACCUGCGUGAGGGAGUGAAGCUGAAGAAGGUGCAGGAGCGUCAGUACAACCCUCUGCCGAUCGAGUACCAGCUCACUCCGUAUGAGAUGCUCAUGGACGAUAUUAGGUCCAAACGCUACAAACUGCGCAAAGUCAUGGUUAAAGGCGACAUCCCACCGAGGUUAAAGAAAAGCGCCCAUGAAGUCAUCCUGGAGUUCAUCAGGUCCAGACCGCCACUUAAUCCUGUGUCGGCUCGUAAGCUGAAGCCUCAGGCUCAGCCUCCUCCGACCCUGCAUGAGCGGAUCCUGGAGGAGAUCAAGGCUGAGAGGAAGCUUCGCCCAGUUUCACCCGACCAGAUCCGCAGAGGACGGCUGGGUUUUGGCAAAACUCGCAGUAUGCCUCAGGAUUUGUUCCGUACAGGAGUAGAUGAGUUCAGUCCGUACAUGGGCAGGAGGACGUCCAGUUCUCUGUCUCUGACCAACGGGUCACGCUCUCCCAGAGUAGAGCCCUCCGGAUCUCAGUCCGUCCCUCAGAGGAAGAAACUCCUGAAGGCGCCCAGCCUGGCUGAGCUGGACAGCUCCGACUCUGACGACGAGUUGGUCGGGCGCACAUCGGCAAGCAACUCCAGUGUGGCAACGUCUUUGAUGGAUGAUACGUCCCCAGAGUCAGCAUUGGGAAAGAAAACCCCUCCCAUGUUCCUGCCCAUCUCCUCCACACCUCAGCCAGAGAGGCGUCAGACCCCCCAGAGGAGACACUCCAUCGAGAAGGAAACGCCCACCAGCGUCCGACAGUUUCAGCCACCGUCCAAGCAGAACUCCAAGUCUCUGGAGGAGUUUUGUUUCCCUGUGGAGUGUCUGUCUCUGACGGUGGAGGAAGUGAUGCAUAUCAGACAGGUGCUGGUGAAAGCAGAGCUGGAGAAGUUCCAGCAGUACAAAGACAUCUACAACGCCAUGAAGAAGGGCAAGCUUUGCUUCUGCUGUCGAACCAAAAGGUUUUCCUUCUUCACCUGGUCCUAUACCUGCCAGUUCUGCAUAAAGCCUGUGUGCUCACAGUGCUGCAAAAAGAUGCGGCUUCCAUCUAAACCGUAUUCCAGUCUCCCUAUCUACUCCAUCGGAUCCACCAACACUCUGCCCAGAGACAGAAUAAGUGCCAUGACUGCCGUAGGACAAGGGCUCUCUGUGGCCGGAGGGCCGGGGCCGUCGACGGCAGCGGGAGGGGCCGCUUCCACCCCGACUUUGAAAGGAGCUACGAAGGCAGCAUCUAAAGGAGCUGGGAAAGCUACGGGAGCAGCUGCAGCUGCCAAGGCUGACAAACCGUCAGGGAGCCAACAGCGCCACAGUAUCCAUAAGACCAUGUCCAAGCUCUCCAAGCACGGCUCUCUGAAGUCUCACGAGGAGCUGGAGCUGCCCCCCGAGUUAACGGAGGACUGGGCCACCAUGGAGGUGUGUGUGGACUGCAAGAAGUUCAUCUCUGAAAUCAUCGCCUCCAGCAAGCACAGCCUGUCGCUGGCCACCAAGAGGGCUCGCUUAAAACGCAAGACGCAGUCCUUCUACAUGUCGUCCCCUAAAGGGGCCGAGGGCUACAGGCCCUCAGAACGAACAAUCAACGAAAUCUAAAAGCGCUCGUGCUCACCCGGUUCGCAGAGAGCGGUCAGAACGACUCACAUGAACUAUAAAAGACAAAGUUUUCCUCUCCUCAUCAUGCACAGCAACUCUAGACAACUGCAUGUUGCAGGAACCGCCAGUCUCUUUCAGUUCCCCCCACUAGUGGUCAAUGUAAAAACAACCUGAGAGUCCGAGUGGACUGACAUCUCACCAUGGAUGGCACAAGAGGGCGGUCCAGAUCAACUCAGAUUCAUUUUAAAGCACAAACCAGAGGAGGGAUUCUCUUCUAAACAGAGAGUGAGAGAAAGAGAGAGAGAUGUUCAAGAAAACACAGAAUAUAAAGCUGUAUAUUUUAUAUGGGUUAUAAUUUAGUUUUUUACAUGUGUGUUUGGGUGUAUGUGUGAGUUCUGUAAAGGGUUGCUUCCAAAACAAAACAAAAGAUAAAGGAAGAGCCACCUUCUAUUUUAGGUUUCACCGAUGGACAGCUCAGGGAGAUGUAUCCUCACUGCUGCUGUCAGCCCACCUCAGAGGAAAUGCAAGAUAUUUCUGACAGAAUUAGAACCAGACAGAAACAAGGUUUUGUUUUAAAUAUUCGUUUGUGUCAAAUAAUACUUUUUUUUUUCUUUUUGACAAACAAAAACCUUUGUCCUUGAGGGCAUUGUUGCCAUGGUAUUCCUGCUGAAGCCUACAAUUAAUUUAUUUGUUCAUUGUUGUCUGCUUAUUUAAGAUAAGAUCACAGAAGGAACAGUUCUUAGUGCAAAUAUCUUAGUACAUUUGAAAUGAUAAAAACUAAGACAAACAAGGUAAGAAAUCAGUAACUUUUCAGCUUGUUUUAAGUCAAUAAUUCCAUAAUGUUAAUUUUUUUUAAAGUACUAGUUCCACUGGCAGAUUAUUUCACUUAUUACAUGGGAAAAAUAUCUUAUUAUUAGUGAAAAAUGUGAGUGGAAUUGGUACUUUUUUUUAAGAAACAAAUAUUAAGGAAAUAUUUAUUUAAAAAUAGGUCCUAUAUCUUGCUGAAAUGUUACCUUUUAAGUUAGUUCUCUUAAAAAAAGACACAAAACUAACAUAUUUGCAUUAAAAACAGGACCAAAAAUACUUUUGUGUUUUUGCAGUGUAACUCCGUGCUUUAGCAUCAGUUAGCCCUGCAACACAUCCCAGCUUAUUCUCAAAUCAAAAGAGAUACACAGUUCCUCUAGUGACUUCCAGGUCUGCUCAAAGCUCUCGUUUGAGUAAGAAACCCAUCCCACAAAAUGAAACAACUUCAAAUAAGGUCCUGAGUGACCGAUCAGGGCGUCCUGAUCAGUUUACUGUCAUUAAUCAGAGGUUUAUCAGCUCCAGUCUGGGCUGAGAUGAUGGAGAUCCUCAGCCUUUCCACCAGGAGGAAGCUCGCCUCAACCACUUCUAUCAGGGCCUGUUUUUACGUUCUCAUAAGCAACAUUUACUACAUGUCUACUAAAUGAAUUAUUUUGUCAGAACUUGAGUAUUUACCAGAGAUUUAACAGUACUGGAUGUUAUUUUGCUGUAACAGAACCACUGCUGAACUACUGGGUCUCUAUGGCGACGUCCACACAGCAGGUCUAGAUGAUCAAUUCCGAUGUGUGUGUGUGUUUUUUAUUUUUUUUGUUUGUUUUUUAUUUUGCUGAAAUCAGAUUUUCAUAACAAGACAAAGAAAGCACAACUAAUAGCAGUCCCCAUUUUGUGGAACAUUGUCUCCUUCUUUGGAGAAGUCUAUUUGGAUGCAUGUCAGAACCAAGAGUGGUGGGAUGGUGAAGUGAUGCACUUCAAUGACUCAGAAAUUAGAAUUUCAUAAUUAGAAUUUUCUACCAUUGUGUACAUCCAGACUUACAGCAUCUGGUUUCUCCUGGUGCAGAACUAUGAAGCAUGUCUCACUCCAGCGACAUAAAUGUCAGAUAAAACGCAACGUGACUAUUCAGACUGCAGACGCUUUGAAAGCAAUCGGAGACCUAUCUGAUUUAGUACCGCAUAUGGCACAGAUCCAGUUCCAAGAAAUGGGAAUUGGUCUGUUUAGACUGCCAUGUAAAAGUUGGAUAUGAGUCGCAUUUGUGCGGGAAAAAAAUUGGAUUUGGGUCGCAUUCGCCAAACACUUCUAAAAAUGUAACACAUCAGAAAUAGUCUCGAUAGAAACAAGUUGGUAUGUUUUUUCUUGAUUUUAGUUUUUUUUAAAAUCUGCAUGUACUUUUUGUUUGUUUUUUGUUGUUGUUAUGAAUGAAACAAACCACAAGCAUCAUCUAAAAUAUUCCCUAUUUUUCACAUAUAAAUCAGAGGCUGUGAAGUUCUGUGACAUCAAUGCUGUUGUUCUGCAAAGCAAACAAUCUGGUUGUUUAUUUUUAUUCGAUUUGUCUUUGAAUAAUUUUCAUGUAAUACAUGCAUAUUUUUUGCAUAAUCUCAAUUGUCUCUUGACACUAAUCAACAUAUAGUAACUCAUUUACUUUUUGUUCUAUUAACUUCUUGUGUUACAAUGUUUGCAUUGUGUAAAGGUUAGUCAUAAUGAAAUGCCUCAUCUUCAGGCGAAACCCCAGUUCACUGUAUGGGCAGCGAAUAAUUCACAGUCUGGCUGUUUUAUGCACAGGACUUAACAUUUAAAAAUGCCUUUUAUGAUUUAUAAUCAUCAUGCGGAGUGGAAGGAGGUACAAUCUGCCUUCUUACCUGGACGUGUUCCUCAUCUACCUGGUAUAUUUCUGCCUUACAAGCUGCCUUUCAUGAUCGCUCAUUCGUUGAAGAGUCACCCAGCGUCGGUGUACAUACUUCGUUUGUGAUAGUUUGUGUGUGAGUGUGUAGGUCAGGUGGAUGUUGUCUCGGUGAGGACAGCGCUGACAGUGACACAGGUGAGGAGCUGCAUCUGGGAGCGGUAGCCUACGGUGUGACAGGCAGCAACAUGCAUGCACUCCAGCAUAGCUUGUUCCCUCCUUCUCUAUUACCUUUAAUCUGUAACUACCUGCAGAGAUUGCAGCGAACGACGACAAUAAACUGUAUUGCAAUA